AUGUCUACGAAGCUUGCUGCUGCCCGCUACGGCAAGGACAAUGUCCGUGUCUACAAGGUCCACCGCGAUGAAAAGACCGGCUUCCAGACCGUGGUUGAGAUGACCGUCUGCUGCCUUUUGGAGGGCGACAUUGACGUUUCCUACACCAAAGCCGACAACAGCGUCGUCGUCGCUACAGACUCCAUCAAAAACACAAUCUUUAUCCUCGCCAAACAACACCCCGUCACAACACCCGAAGUCUUUGGGUCCAUCAUCGGAUCGCACUUCAUCGAAAAAUACAGCCAUAUCCAUGCCGCCCAUGUCAGCAUCAUCACCCACCGAUGGACCCGCAUGACCAUCGACGGCAAGCCACACCCUCACUCCUUCCUGCGCGACGGCGCUGAAACCCGCAAUGUCCAGGUUGACGUUGCCGAGGGCAAGGGCAUUCAGAUCGCUUCCACAAUCUCGGGGUUGCACGUCCUCAAGUCCACUGGCUCACAAUUCUGGGGAUUCGUGCGCGACGAGUACACUACUUUACCAGAAGUCUGGGAUCGUAUUCUCAGCACUGAGGUCGAUGCAACAUGGAACUGGAAGAAUUUCUCGAGCUUGGCCGAGGUACAGGCUGAUUCUGCGCGGUUCGAUAAUGCAUGGAGUGCUGCACGAGAGAUUACGCUGAGCACGUUCGCAAAGGAGAACAGCGCCAGUGUGCAGGCUACCAUGUACAAUAUGGCUGAUCAGAUUUUGGCUGUUGUGCCGCAGGUCGAGACGGUGGAGUACUCGUUGCCUAACAAGCAUUACUUUGAAGUUGACUUGAAAUGGCACAAGGGCAUCAAGAACACAGGCAAGGAUGCCGAAGUCUUUGCUCCCCAGUCCGGUCCCAACGGACUUAUCAAGUGCACCGUAGCUCGCACUUCCAAGGCCAAGUUGUGA